AUGCAUGGGGAGAUCAGUGGGCGCUGUGUCGGCUGCCAGCAGACUGCCACGCACCCGCUGCUGUCUGAGGGGAAUGGAGAGUUCUUUGUGCGUAUGAAUGGCAUCCUCCAGAAACAAGAGAAUCUGCUGCGUGCUGCCCAGGCUGAGUGCGAAGGGGAAGGUAACACAGCCGCACCACCAGCAGAGCACGUGGACCAGGCCUUCGUUCCAGAGAGGUCCAGCAGGAGAGAGCUGGACCUCCUGUAUGAAGAGGCUGUUUACACAGUAGUCAACAGGGUGGGCGUGCCCUCGCCAGAGUACGUCACCAAUGAAGGCGACAUCUUCAGUUAUCUGCUGAAGGUAUUUGAUAUGGGUCAGGAGGAACAUGACAUCAUUCUGCAGAGAGUCCAAGAAUCCAAGAGAGCCAGUUUCACCCUGAGAGUGUCUGUCAUGAAAGGGAAAAAUCUAAUGGCAAAGGAUGCAAAUGGGUACAGCGACCCCUAUUGCAUGCUGGGAAUCCUCCUGGGCCAGAGCCCCCGGGAGACAGAGGAGAAGAAGGAGAGGAAGUUCAGCUUCAGGAAGAGGAAGGAGAAGCUGGAGAAGAGGUCCAGUACCAAGGAGGUUCUAGCAGCCACGUGCAUCCAGGUGACUGAGGUCAAGCCAGAGACGCUCAACCCAGUCUGGAAUGAGCACUUUGUUUUUGACAUUGAUGAUGUCCACGGUGAUCUACUGCAUAUGGACAUAUGGGACCAUGACGAUGACGUCUCUGUCGCAGAGGCCUGCAAAAAACUGAAUGAAGUCAGUGGACUUAGAGGAAUGGGCAGGUAUUUUAAGCAGAUUGCCAAAUCGGUGCGGUCCAAUGGGACGUCGUCAUCAGGAUCAUCUGAGGACAAUGCUGAUGACUUCCUGGGCUGCAUCAACAUUCCACUGAAUGAGAUUCCUGUGAUGGGAUAUGACAAGUGGUUUAAGCUGGAGCCCCGGUCCAGUGCCUCCAAGGUCCAGGGAGAAUGUCACCUGAUUCUGAGGCUCUUCACUACCCAGAGAGACACUACACUGAGUAAGAGGGAAUCCAAAGAAGUCAUUCAUAAGAAGAUGCUGAAAGGAGCCUUAUAA